GGUAGUAAAGCCGGUCGUCAGAGAGAUCAGUGGGCGCUUCCACAGGCACGCUGCCCUGUUCAGCCGAGUGUGGUCGGAGGGUCAGAGAGGCGCUGUGAGCUCUGAACCCGCCCCUAACGCUGGUCUUUUUAUUCCAUUUCAAGAUAAUGAUUUUCCCAGAAGGCACCUGUACCAACAGGACCUGCCUGAUCACCUUCAAACCUGGCGCGUUCAUCCCGGGCGUCCCCGUGCAGCCCGUGGUUCUGCGGUACCCAAACAGACUGGACACCAUCACGUGGACGUGGCAAGGACCUGGAGCGUUGAAAAUCCUGUGGCUCACGCUGUGUCAGUUUCACAAUCAAGUGGAAAUUGAGUUCCUGCCCGUGUACAGCCCCUCGGAGGAGGAGAGGAAGGACCCCGCCCUGUACGCCAGCAACGUGCGGCGCGUGAUGGCAGAGGCCCUGGGCGUGUCCGUAACUGACUACACGUUUGAAGACUGCCAGCUGGCCCUAGCGGAAGGCCAGCUCCGCCUGCCCGAGGACACCUGCCUUCUAGAGUUUGCCAGGCUGGUGAGGGGCCUGGGGCUAAAACCAGAAAAACUUGACCGAGCUCUGGACAGACACGCGGAACGUGCUGGGGCGAAGCCGGGCGGGAGGGUGACGCUCCCCGAGUUCGCCGCGCAGCUGGGGGUCCCCGUGUCGGAGGCGCUGGAGGACCUGUUCUCCCUGUUUGACGAGGGCGGAGGCGGCGAGAUAGACCUGCGGGAGUACGUGGUCGCCUUGUCCGUCGUGUGCCGGCCGUCCCAGACCCUGGACACCGUCCGGCUGGCAUUCCAGAUGUACGGGUCCCGGGACGGCAGCAUCGACCAGGGCGCCCUGUCGUGCAUCCUCAGGACUGCCUUGGGGGUGGCCGAGCUGAGCGUGGCCGAGCUUUUCCAUGCCAUCGACCAAGAGGAGACGGGGAAGAUCACGUUUGCCGACUUCGAGAGGUUUGCGGAAACGUACCCCGACUUUGCAGAGGAAUACCUGUACCCCGACCAGACGCGCUUCCAGAGCGGCGCACAGACGCCCCCAGCCCUGACCGCCAACGGCUUCUGCACUGACUUCAGCCCCGAAAACGCGGGCAUCGGGCCCGAGCCUUUGUGUAAGAAACUGGACUAGGACAGAAGGUUCUCCCCACCGCCGCCGCCCGGCUGCUGCGGCAACAGCGUCCGGUUUCGCCCUCCCACACGUGCUGUCCCCACCCUCAGGCCCGAGGACCUGGCGGGGCCAGCGCGCGGCCCUGUGCGGAGCACUGGAGGGAGUGGCCUGGUCUGCACACGGGGGCUCCUGGGGGCGUGUCCGGGCUCUCCCUCCGGCAGGUGCUCGAGGCCGGGCCCCCGGUGUCACUUUGUGCCCCCCCCCACCCUCCAGCAUCCUGGGUUUCAGUUUCCAUCCACCUCUCCCACCUGCCGCCCCCCGCCCCCGGCCCCGGUCCACUCUCGGCAGCUGGGCCCCGUGCGUGCAUGCGCACUUGAGAAACGGGACGUGUCCCCUGCGUCUGAUCCCAGCAGCGAGUCCCGACCGCCGAGGAGGCAGGGCAGAGCCGCCGUCUGAUUUUUAAACAUUUCUAUAUUUGCAGGAGCUCAUGAGGAUUUUAUAAACUUCAUUUAGAUACUCCAGGAAACAUUCAGCUUUUUUUUAUAAAGAGAACAUUGUUUUUCUACUUCGUUUUCCUUUGAGGGUCAGAGGAUAUUUAUUUAUAUGCCCUUUUUUGAUAGAACCUGAGGCUGCGUGGGGCUCUGAGCGCGCCUCCCCGGCCUCCCCUGGCCAGGCCGCUGCUUCUGCUGGGGCGCCGUGGGCGCCCGGCCCCAACCGCUCUCCUGCCUCCUUGAUCCUUUUCAGAUGCCGCUGUUUUUAUUACUACUUGGGGUUUCUGUUGCAAUAUGGCAGAAUCCACUCCGCCGUAGCGUCAACUCUAAUCAGAGCGCCGGGUGCUGGUGAGAUAAGUCAGGCAGAAGGUGGAAGCGGGAAGGGAGUCCCCAGGUCAGGAGCCCUGGGGGCCCGUGACGCUCCGGGAGGCCCGGCCAUGGCUGAGUGUGCCCCCCCCACCCCCUGUGGCUCUGAGACCAUGAGCCGUUGGUGGGGGAAGGUGUGGGCGCAGUGGGGACGGGCGGUGGGCGGCCGGGGGGCGGGACGCUGGGGCAGCAGCACCUUGGGCUUGGGAGGAAGCUCCCUGCCCUCUUACGAAGGCGCCUUGAUUCCCUUCCUUGGGACGCAGUCAGAGACCUGCCAUCAAGGCACAGUCACAACCACACACUCACCUUUGUCCCCUCAGGCAGAACCUCUGGGCUUCGUGGGGAAAUUUAUUUUAAUUUCUGAGAAAAUUGGAUUUUUUCUUGGGGGCCUCUCUGUGGAAAGUGGCUGCCAGGGCCAGGAGCGCAGGGAAGACGUCUGCUGCUAACUUCCUGAGGCACAGAGGCUUGGCAAGAGGGAGGCGCCUCCGCUUCCGUUCAUGCCGAGGCCCCUCCCGCCCCGGGUGGGGCCACCUGGCAUCGUUCAGGGCGUCGGGCCCGCCGGACACAGAACCCCCAGCGCAGCCCUGGUGGCGAACAGGACUGACCUGGUGGUCGUGGAGCGCGUAAAGGUUCGCUUUGGAAGAGAACCCCGCACGUGGCAUGAGGGAGGUGAACAAGCUGAGAUGUUCUGAGGGAGGCCUCGGCCCCCGUCUGCGCAUGAAGGGCUUUCGAAUGAGGCGCCGCUGCGCGCUUUCAGGGAAAAGUCUCUGACAGACAGACCGUGAAUGGAUGUUUGUUCCUCCUGAUUCUCCUUCACAGAACUGAGUUGCGGGCAGCCAGAGCGGGGGUGUACUUAGUCUGGGAGUCGAAUCCGCGGAGGGUGAGGAGGGGGCGGCCACCCGCCUGCGGGGGUCCCGCCGGGGUCCGAGGGCGGGUGGGACGGGCACCCACAGGCAACUUCAGGUUUUCAGUGGAACGAAUAAAACCUAGUUUAUGUGCUUGCGGC